GUCAAAUUGUGUGAGAAUUGAUGGUGGGCGCUAUUCGACAUUUUAGUCAUGAGCAUAGCCUACAUGAAUCUGUGAUACCACUUACAUUAAGUUGCAAAAUAUGCAAUCAGUUAAUCAUUGCAUCCGAAAAGUCUUUUCUGUUGCAGCCAAUGUUGGUGUGCAAUCCACAAAUAUGUGCGGAGUUCCCAGAGCAUAUCAAUAACUCGUUGCAUUUACACCACCUCAGCCUCCUUAGAUCAUCAUUCGAGAGUUCUAUUCGCUGAUUUUAUUGUGACAAAUCAUUUACAGAAGAAGAAUAUGCUUACACUUGCAAGGACGACUGUGCUUUCUACAUGCAUGCCAAAUGUGGUUCGAUUCCACAACCCACAAUAAUAAGCAGCUACACUACUAGUGAUGGUGAAGAUGAUGAUGACGACUUCAUUCAAUUCUCAUGUCAUCAACAUCCAAUGGCACUUGUAGUCGAGCCUGGAGAUGGUAGUGAUGAAGAAGAUAUUAAUAUAGGUAAGAAAUGCAUAGCAUGUCAAUUACCUUGGUCAUAUCCAGCCUACUCUUGCACAUCACUUUCAUGUCCAAAUUUUUUUCAUAAGACGUGUGUAGAUAAACUAUCUCGAAAAGUUCAACACCAUUUUCAUUCACACAAAUCUCUUUCUCUUCAAAUCAGUAAGCCUCAAUCUUGUGAUCUUUGUUGUAAAAAGGAUUGCAGACUCAUUUUCAGUUGUCGUGAAAUCGGGUGUAUCUUUAAGAUUGGUACCGAAUGUGCAUUUCUUUAUACAAUUGUAAAAUGUCGAAGUCAUGAUCAUUUGUUUUGUCUUGCGGAAGGAGCAUCUUGUGACGAUAUCAAGUGUGAUGCUUGUCAAAAAUCUUAUAAAGAGUUGGACAAUCAUGCUACAUUUGAAAUUCAGUUGACUCGAUCAUUCCUAUUUCGUUGCAUGGAAUGUAAUUUCAACCUUCAUUUUAUAUGUGGUCCAUUGCCAUUCACUAUUAAAUACAAGUACCACAUACACAGCUUGACUCUUCUUGAUUCAGUCGUUGAGGAUAAUUGUCAUGAAUAUUAUUGUGAUGUGUGCGAAGAAGAAAGGAACUCAGAUUUUCGUGUUUACAACUAUUCUAACUGCCGAUAUGUAGCGCAUAUACAUUGUUUGGUCCCUCAGUUCGAUAAUUUGCCUUGGAUGGACUUUUAUUGGGAGUUGUAUUACUAUACUCCUAAAGAAGGUAUAGAGAUAGAGGAGAAGUAUUUAAGGCAAAAUGUUAGGAAAGUGGAUGCUAAGUACAAGGUACCCAACACAUUGGCUCCUAUUUUGAAAACAUUGCUCGACAGCUAUGGAGGAGAUCUUGGAGGUGAUUCAAGUUUGAGCUCUGCAAUGAAGAGUGUAACUGCAACAUCACUACUAAUUGUCAUUGACCAAAUGUGUAGAACCAAAAUUGAAGACGUCACAUGGGAUGAUCUUAAACAAUGGUAUUUUUAUCUAGAUGUCAUUAAUUGGAUUGCAGAUUUUAAAGUUUGCCCAUACUUGUGGGAUUUGAGAGAGAAUUUCGUUCGAAAGUAUUGGACUUCCAAAGUCAUAAGAUUAAAACAAGUCUACAAAAAUCUUAUAGAAGAGAAGAUUGAAUAUUUGAAAGUUGAAUCAAAAAGAUUGGAGGAGAAUCUUGACGAGUUCAAGAAGAUAGACAUAAAUGGCUUCUUGAGAACUAUUGCUUUGCCGCUAAAGAAGAUGGCCAUUGACGAAGACUUCUCUGUAAGCAUUGCUUCGGAACUAAAGCACAAGACUGUUGGUGACAGUUUUUUUGAGGUUUUAGAUAAGAGAUUUAGCUAA